CGUAACGAUCGAAACUGACAUCACAGCUGAGUAACUUUAAAAAGGAAUGCUUGGAUAGUCAGAGACUAACCAUGGAUGUGAGAAGACAUCAGAGCGCAGAGCAACAGGAUGCAGCAGUGGGAGAGAUUUUUGGAGCAUACUACCAAAAGGAAUGUGCUCACUUAAAAGAAAAUAAACCACAGGACCAACUAGUGGGAAUUGUUUCCACUCCCAACGUUCUGCUCCACAGAUCAGACGUUUACCAGAAACUCCUGGUUAAAGAAGAAGCUCUCGAAGAACACAGUCUUCGUGCUGACCUGCACGAUUCAGAGGCCUUCCACAUGGAGGAAAAACAAGAGGAAUCUUACAACCACAUAGAGGGAGAGAGACUCAGUGGGAAAGAAGGUGUAGACUUACACGAAGUUCACCAGAUACGUGUUAAAGAAGAAGCCCUCGAAGAACACAGUCUCUGCGUUGACCUGCACGAUUCAGAGGUCUUCCACAUGAAGGAAAAACAAGAGGAAUCCUGCAACCACAUGGAAGGAGAGGAAUUCAAUGGGGCAGAAGUUGUAGACUUACAUGAUGUUCACCAGAUACAGCAUGUUAAAGAGGAAGCUCCCAUACGAGACAAUCUUUGUGCUCACGUUCAUGACCAAAAGCCCGUGCACAUAAAAGACAAACAUGAGGAACUGGGAGAUGAGUUACUCAUUGGAAAGGACAAUGUCGACUUACACGGAAAAGUCCAGCCAAUCUUGAAGUCAUUCAGUUGUGAUCAUUGUGGAAAAACGUUAAUUGGAGAGACAGCUUUAAAGAUACAUAUGAAAAUCCAUAUAGGAAAGAAAGGGUUCCCUUGUGAUAUUUGUGGAAUUUGUUUUAGCAACAAAUCUAAUUUAAACAGACACAUGAUAGUCCACACAGGAGAGAAACCAUUCUUUUGUAAUCUUUGUGGCAAAACAUUUGCCCAAAAAUUCAAUUUUAGCACUCAUAUGAGAAUCCACACAGGAGAGAAGCCUUUCUGCUGUGAUGUUUGUGGAGAAAGAUUUACACACAAGAGUUCUUUAAAUACACACAAAGGGACCCAUACAGGAGAGAAACGUUUCUGUUGUGAAGUUUGUGGACUAAGAUUUCUCCUAAAAUCCGGUUUAAAAACCCAUUUAAGAAUCCACACAGAACAGAAGCCAUACUCGUGUGAUGAUUGUGGAAAAAUGUUCCGACGCAAACCUAACUUAAACAGUCACAUGGCAACACACAGAGGACAGAAGCCAUUCUUGUGUAAUCUUUGUGGACAAACAUUUACCAAAAAAUCUAAUUUAAACACACAUAUGAGAAUCCACACAGGAGAAAAGCCUUUCUGCUGUGAUAUUUGUGGACAAAAAUUUACGCACAAGAGUACUUUAAACACACACAAAGGGAUCCAUACAGGAGAUAAACCUUUCUGUUGUCAAUUCUGUGGACAGAAAUUUCUCCAAAAAACAGCCUUAAAAACCCAUUUAAGAAUCCAUACAGAUCAGAAACCAUAUUCUUGUGAUCACUGUGGAAAAACCUUUCGACAAAAACCUAACUUAAACAGUCACAUGAUAAUCCACACAGGAGAGAAACCAUUUUUGUGUAAUCUUUGUGGUCAAACAUUUACCAGAAAAUCUAAUAUAAACUCGCACAUGAGAAUUCACACAGGAGAAAAGCCUUUCUGUUGUGAUAUCUGUGGACAGAAAUUUACACACAAGUGUACCUUAAACACACACAAAGGGAUCCACAAAGAAUAA